GAACUACUCCUGUUAUCAGCUUGUAUGUCCGUGCAAGUAUACUGACCGGUCUUGAGUGAAAUUCUUCCAGAAAUGGCAGGUUCGAGGGAGUCUGCGGUGUUAACCACAGUGAAGUUUUGAAAGCCCUGCUCUCCUGGGCCUGGUCCCUAAUCUUAAAGCACAGAAGAUCUGCAGGUCUGGCUUUCCGAGCUCCUGCGGUCCCGCGUGUCGGUUUUAGGGAUCCUGUAGGGCCCACCUGGAGAUGUCCCAAAAUUCAAGAGUCGUCCGUCCUACACUGGCAAACUCAGGAAGCAGAAAGCACCUUCGCGAGGGCCGCGGCACAGGCACGGCUGGCCGAAACCAAGCCCGGGCCGCUAGAGGGCCCGCCCGGAAGUUUCUGAGGGGACCGCCCCGGAAGUGCCUGGACUUCCGGUGCGCGUGCGGUGGCGCGGCGGGCGUUGCUCGGAGACACCUGCAGGUUGCCUCCCUGCCUGCCGGGUGGCCGUCCCUCGGCCCGCGGAGGCGACGCCCAGGUGCGGCCUGGCCAGAGGGGUUUUCUCGCGGUUCGGAGCUGCUCCCUCUCGGGGUGAAGAAGGGUAACGGAAAAAGAGGCCCUUAGGAGGACUCUUGUAACAUCGCAGACUCCAAAACUGCGGCAGAAGUAGAGGAGUUGGUUUUGCCGGUUUCACGAAUUCUGUUACCAGAAAACUCUUGUCUCUGAGCUGGCUCCCGCAGCUCGGUUGACAGUGGCUGAGGUCAGUUUCUGACCGUUAGGCCUGAGGAGUGCCAGCCAGGUCUGGGAGAGGCGCCAGCACGGGGGCGGAGGGUCGUUGAAAAAGUGGCUGCGUUGGAUGAGCCCCGACAGCAACAGAAGCAGGGGAAGGGAGAGGUCCCAGCUCUUGCACACAUUUAAGAAGUAACCUAGCAAAAAAUACCAGCCCUGGGACCAAAGGGAGAAUCAUUGCCUCUUCAGCUCCUACCCAGGAAUACACCAUUGCAAUAUCAACUAUAGGAACCCUGUACCCCCACAGGAGGGUUGAAUUUUGAUUCUCUGUAUGGACCCCAAAUGUAUCAAUCUUUUCAUUCCUUGCCUCUGGAUUUGGGUUCAUAAUUAGAAAGGCUUUCCUACACUGAGGAUUUCAAAGAUUUCUCCCACGUUUUCCUCUGGAAUCAAGGCCAGAGGUAUGAAUGAGGUGGCGAUUCUAAAGGGAAGAUUUUUGUAAGGAUGGACCCACACCAGCAGAUUGCCAGCAUAUAUAAUAGGGAUACAUUACAGAUUCCUGAGUAUGAAAAAACCUCUCAGUAUAUGAACCAGGUACAAAGGCAUGAGGACAGGCCCACAGAAGAAAGACGGUAUACAUGUAGUGAAUGUGGAAAGAAGUUUGCUCAGAGCUCAGGCCUUGUUCGACAUCGGAGAAUCCACACUGGAGAGAAACCCUAUGAGUGUGAUCACUGUGGAAAAGCCUUCAGUGUGCGCUCAACCCUCACUGUGCAUGAAAGAAUCCACACUGGCGAGAAGCCCUAUACUUGUAAUGAGUGUAGGAAAGGCUUCAGUGUGAGGGCACACCUGAUCAUCCAUCAGAGAAUCCACAAUGGAGAGAAACCCUAUGAGUGUAAUGAAUGUGGCAAAGCCUUUAGUGUGAGCUCAGACCUUAUCAAACAUCAGAGAAUCCACUCUGGUGAAAAGCCCUAUGAGUGUGAUGAGUGUGGGAAAGCCUUCGGCGUGAGCUCAGCCCUCAUCAAACAUCAGAGAAUCCACACAGGAGAGAAGCCGUAUGAGUGUAAGGAGUGUGGGAAGGCCUUCUACGUGAACUCCGCCCUUAUUAAUCAUCAGAGGAUUCACUCUGGAGAAAAGCCCUAUGAGUGUGGAGAAUGUAGGAAAGCAUUCAGCCAAAUCUCCACCCUUAUCCAUCACCAGAGAAUCCACACUGGAGAGAAGCCGUACGAGUGUGACAAGUGUGGGAGAGCUUUCCGUGGGAGUUCUAAUCUUACUAAACACCAGAAAAUACAUGCCAAAGGAAAGUGUCCUCAGUGAUUUAUGUGGUGAAGAUAUUCCAAAGGCCAUUUUUUGGUAUCAGAAGUUAACACCAAAUUGAGGCUAUGGUAAAAGUUACUGUUUUAAUUGAUACUUGGUCCCUUAGAAUAUUGAAGAAGUGAGAAGUCAGUGAAAAUGACUCCAGAAUGGUGACUAGUUAAAGUUCUAAAAUCACGUCUACUUCUGAGAAUGCCACUUUACAACUCAUAAGGAUGGAGGUUUGCAGACAGACUCUUCUGGGAUCAGCACGGAAGAGAUGCCAUAUCCCACCCCAAACCAGCACAGCUGAAUCCUAAGCAGUAAGUGAUGGUGACUCCUGGCCCCAAACAAGGAGUCCAUUUCAAAGCAGAGUUUUGCAGAAGUCCACCACCUAGUGAGGGAGGAGACCCUUUGAGGAAUCACAGCUUACACUGCUUCAAGCCAAGCAGAGUAUCUCUCUGAUAAAGGGACCUAAGACACUUGGGAGAAUUUGCCCUGAAGUUCACUUCUGUGACUGCUCUGGAAGUGGGAAAUUCUCCCUUCACCUUGCGCACAAUUUCAGCUUGUAAUAAACUAAUAAAAGAA